CCGAGUAUGCAGUGCUUCCCGAGCCUGGUGCUGGCCCUGAGCUCGCUGCUGGGCGCCCUGGCGCUGCUGCAGCUCUCGCUGUACCUGCGGGUGCCGUCCCGCUACGGGAAGCACGAGGAGCGGCUGUGCCGGGCGCGGGGCCGGCUGCCGGCGCGCUGCGCCUGGUUCCUGCAGGAGCUGCCCUCCUUCCUGGUGCCCGCGCUGCUGCUGGCGCUGCGCAGCCCGCCCCGCCUCGAGCCGCUGGGCUGCCGCCUCCUCUGCUGCCUCUUCUGCUGGCACUACUUCUACAGGACAUUCAUUUACCCCUUCUUCACUAGAGGCAGACCUUUCCCACUGCAAUUGCUUUUCUUUGGCAUGUUAUUCUGUAUCUAUAAUGGCUUCCUUCAGGGGUACUACCUGAUUUACUGCGCUGAGUAUCCAAAUGAUUGGUGCACUGACAUCAGAUUUACAUCAGGCCUUCUCUUAUUUCUGCUCGGAAUGGGGAUCAACAUUCACAGCGAUCUCUUGCUGCGCCAGCUGCGAAAACCAGGCGAAGUCACCUACAAGAUUCCACAAGGGGGACUGUUCACCUAUGUUUCUGGAGCCAACUACUUUGGAGAAAUUGUGGAAUGGUUUGGCUUUGCCAUAGCGACCUGGUCCCUACCAGCUUUUGCCUUUGCGUUUUUUACUCUUUGCUGCAUUGGGCCACGUGCUUAUCACCAUCACAGGUACUAUCUCAAGACAUUUACGGACUAUCCAAAAUCAAGGAAAGCCUUGAUUCCUUUUGUUUUUUAA